GUGAGUGUGCGAGAGAGAGAGAGAGAGCCGGUGGAGGUGGGGUGAGGGCCGCUCUCCGAGGAGCGGAGAGCCAGCUGAUGUGCAGUGCUGUGGUAUUCUGAGCGCGCUGUGGAGCAGACUUCCUCUCGGCGCCGGGGGAGAGGGGAGGCAGAGAGACAGGAGCUAGCAAAGCCUGCCGGAGGUGAAGACAGCAUGCUGGUGUUGACGGAGACGGGCUAGAGGAACGGAGACCACACCGUGGGAGUGACAGGGCUGGCUGAGUAACAGACACGACGUCUGCCCCUCAACAGAGAGAGAGAAAUAGAGAGAGAGAAAGGAGGAGAGAGAGAGAGCGGAGCCUCACCGAUCGCAGAGACCUGACUUACCAGGAGGGAAAGCCUCACGGAGAUGUCGUGGCUGUCACCCGUGCAGUGGGCCAAGUGGACCUGGUCAGCAGUACGAGGUGGAGGAGAGGGCGAAGAAGAGGAGGAAGAGGAGGAGGAAGGAAGGCAGGGAGCUGAGGGGGAGCCGAAAGAGGAAGUGUUCUUUGGUGACGAGAAGUCUCCGGGCGGCAGCUCGGACUCCGAGGGCCACUUCGAGACUCCAGAGGCGGAGAGUCCAGUGCACAGCGGUGGGAACAGCACGGCAGAGCUGGAGGACCAGGCCAGUGGCAGCCCAGAUAUCCAGGAGAAUGUCCAACAGGUGACCUCUGAUUCUGUUGUGCUUCCAAACCCAUCAGUGAAUGAAAUCUCCAACGAUGAGCUGUCUUUAAUACCUCCAUCCGGCCUCAUGGGGGAUGCGGUGGGAGAGGGGGAGGCCGUUGAAAUGCUCAGUAACAUGGAGGGUGACCAAAAUGCCCCAACGGGUAUGGAGACCACCUCAAGUCCAACAUCAGAACUGAAGCCCCCCAGCAGCCCAGUAGAAGUUGGCGACAAGCAGCUUUGCAAUGGACACACUGAAGUCAAGAGCAGUAGCGUGUCAAAGGCCAGGCCCCCCUCCUUGAAGAUUCCAUGUACGCUGAAUGGGCCAAGUCAGGGUGAUGUGGAAGAUGAGAUCCCCAUCUCAAAGUCCAACUAUAACUUUGACCCAGACCUGUACAAUGACAGCAUCAACCCCUUCACCAGUGGCGGCUCUAAGGUCCGAAAUUCCCCACCCCCUUGCAGUGUCAACACCGGGGAAACAGAAGUUGCUGGAGACCUUCCUCUGGACGCCAAGCCUGUUGCCAUGGAGUUUGGUGUGGAGGACAAUGGGGAGAUUGGGGUGGCCAAGAAGCCAAUAGCACAGCGGAAGCUGGGUAAGAAAGCAAGCAGCAAAGUAACCACCAAGAGACAGAAGCCCAAGCCUGUACCUGCCCCAGAAUCUGCUCCAGAGCCAACAGCACCAACCAGCCUGGAUGAAGUCCCCAUCCCCAAGACCUCAUACAACCCUGACCCCAGUCAAUGGGAUGACCCCAACUUUAACCCAUUUGGGGGCAACUCCAGAACGAGCAGUUCUCCAGUGCUCGCCAAGGGGUCUUAUAACUUUGACUCCAAAAAUUUUGAUGACUCUGUGGACCCCUUUAAGCCCUCCAAAAAUCUGGCUGUGGUAGCACCCACAAGUAUGACCAAGAGGCCAGACAAUGAACUGGAAAGUAGGAAAGUGGAGCUCCCCCUAGAGGAGGAUGUGAAGGGCACUCAGUCGCCAAAGAAGAACAAGGGCCGAAUGAUAACGACAACCGAACAAGUGAGAUUUCUCUGUUUUCUGUUGGGUGCGUGUAAAGUCAAGAAGUAUGACAAUCAGGCCUUGGUUUUGGACAUUUGUGGUGAGGAGGACGAGCCAGUGGUUCCUCAGAAUCCCGGCACUGUGCACUGCGUGGGCCACGCCACUGAUGAGGAGAAGCUGGCCUCCACAACGACAGGGCAGAAAGCGGGAAAGGCCAGCGAAGAAAGGACUGUAACUGAAGAGGCAGUGGAAGAACCACAGGUGGGAGCACUGGAAGACCUGGAGAGCAAAGGCUCCUGCCAUCCGUAUGAGGAGCCGUGCAAGACUCCGAGCCCAAAGCUGGCGGACAGUGAGGACCCAGGGAAAGGGAGCCCGGUCCUGGACAGCAUCUGCAUCAGCGAGGCGGACAAAGCAGCUGUUCUGGCGCUGAUCAGAGAGGAGAUCAUCACUAAAGAGAUAGAAGCCAAUGAGUGGAAGAGAAAAUAUGAGGAGAGCAGGCAGGAGGUCAUGGAGAUGAGAAAAAUUGUUGCAGAAUAUGAGAAAACCAUCGCGCAGAUGAUAGAGGACGAGCAGCGCUGCAAUUCUGGAUCCCGACGGAGCAUCCAGCAGCUGACUGCGGAGAGGGAUCAGGCCGUGGCUGACCUGAACUCGGUGGAACGUUCCCUCUCCGAUCUCUUCCGGAGGUACGAGAACAUGAAGACUGUCCUUGAAGGAUUCAAGAAGAAUGAAGAAGUGCUGAAAAAGUGUGCCCAGGAGUAUCUCGCGCGAGUGAAGCAGGAGGAGCAGCGAUACCAGACCCUAAAGAUUCAUGCUGAAGAGAAACUGGAGAAAGCCAAUGAUGAAAUAGCUCAGGUGCGCGGCAAGGCCAACUCGGAGGGUGUGGCUCUCCACGCCAGCCUGAGGAAAGAGCAGAUGAAGGUGGAGUCUCUGGAAAGAGCCCUGCACCAGAAGAAUCAAGAGAUCGAGGAGCUCACCAAGAUCUGUGACGAACUGAUUGCAAAGCUGGGGAAAGUAGACUAAAAAAAAACAAUCAGUAGAUGCUACAAAGUUAGUAACUGAAAAAAACAAUAUCAAAGCCUGACCCGCAGUCCCACUCAUACGCUUUCUCCUAAACACUGUGCACAUGACAGCCAGCGCCACCUAGCCGCACUCAGCAGGCAUGCAACAAGGGAUGGGCGUCGCAUUUCGGCAUUCCCUUUGCCCUUCCGUCGCAGCGUCGCCACUGAUAGCUGGCCCGUGCAGAUUCGCGUUUCCCUUCCAAAAUCCAAAAGUCUUUGGGACUGAACAAUCUUACGAACAUUUAAUCCACAAGACUGAAAAAAACACCUUCAUGUAAAAAAAUGGGAUGCUAAGACUGUGAUGUAGUUGGUCGUGCAGGCAGUCUGUUUGUGGUCAUUUGAUUGUGUUUUGGAUCUUGAAUUGUAGUUAAACCAGAAACAGAGGAGAUAAACCCUUCUGCUGUUUAUGGCCCUCAGGCCUCAGUGCCAGCCACGGUCAGGGCUGGGAAGAGGCUUCCGCUUUGCUCCUUGGUCUUAGGUGGGGUCUCAGAGCUGUCAGAAGACACAGGAGUCUCAUAACCAGCCUGCAGUCCUCCUGCAGAACUUCCCACCAGCCGCUUCCUUCUGUUUACACAGCCAGACUGCUGCUAGCAGGUCAGCAAGAUGUGACCGGCUUGGUAUCUCCUUCCAUCAUUAUUAGCCAACCUGAAAUGUACAUGCAAUGGAUUUCUGUGCUCCUUGUUGCCCUUGGUGUUUUUAACUGUGGUGAGUUGUGUCUGUUUCAAGGGCCGGUAAAACCAAGUAUGUACAGAACAUAUGUGUAUAUUUCGUUGUCGAUAGAUGGUAAUCUGAUUCAAUAAUGAUUUUGAUAUUAUCACCUGGAUUUAUGAUUUUCUGAUUAUCUAAGGACCUUGCACAUGGCUGCUGUUUAGCUAUUCGUUUAUGGGAAACUGCAGCCUCUCAUUCUAGCAGACGGAAUUCCUGACCUGAUUGGUCCGAUUUAAUUUGGCCAAACACUUGGAAUUGCUUAAAGAGACAGAGACACGUGCCAGGAAACUAAAUGUUUUUUUAUAACUUAUGUAACUGAAAUAGUUGCACAAUGUGUGCUGUUAUGUACAACCAACCUCUUCAAGAAAGUUCCAUUUGGAGGUUCACAGUAUUUAGCAAUAACUUUCCCACCCAUCAUAAAUGGUGUUUGGAGAAAUUACUCUUCAGAAUCCACUGUAUUACUAUUCAGUACCGUUACCAUUAAUAGCAAGCAGUGAUCAAUCAUCAAGUUUAAAUGGGUUGAACAGCUUAGCGAUUGACAAUGCAUGAUAAUCCCACCCUAAAGUAGGAUAUAAAGGCACUUGGCAGCUUACAACGUAACGUACCAAACAUUUGAUGAUGUUGCAGUUGUGCAUCAGUGUUGAGACGGGAAGGUAAUAGGAUUUACGUCACACCUUUAUGCCAAUGAACAAGCGCUGGCUGAAAUGUUGGCGUGCAACGAGAACAGAAUCAUACGUGAUUUACAUAUGAAGUACAAUAACCCUGGAGACUGUUGAACACCCCAGGUAAUGUUCUCUGGUGUUAUAUUUACGAGUCCAGUUGCAUUUGCAGGUCAUUGUAGAUAAAACAUUUCGGGGAAGUUAAGUGUAGGAAAUGCAUCCAUUUGUUAAGAUGGUGUGUGUACUAUGAAUUGCAAUAAUGCCCACAAAUCUUUAUGUACAGUCUGACUGUAGUGUAUCCAGCAUCAAGUUAGAUUAUGACCAUUGCAAAGGUUUAUUGUGAGAACAGAAAAUGCCGCAGAUCUGCACUGAAACGCAGUGUCCGCAGUGUCCUUUGCAGUGACCCUUUUCCACUGGCAGACCACACUGUCAGUCACCAGAACAUGUAGCCAUCUUAGUGCCAAAUUGCAAUUGCUCUGCAUUGUUUUAUCUGCACUUCUCUGUUUUCAUUUGGACACAGAAAUAUAAUAUACACACACACUCACACACACACACACACACACAUAUAUAUAUACACAUAUAAUUUUAUAUGCAAGUAAAUCUCAUGAUAUUUGUAAAGUGGAAAAACCUACAAAGAUGUAAUUAAAUGUUUUACUAAUAUAUAUUUUUGAUCAUAUAUGCCUGAAUAAAAAUCUAAAUAAUUA